AUCGCAGUCGCAGUGCAUGAUCUCCUCGCUCUGGCCAUUCGCCCCACAGCCGCCCCUCGGCUCCUCCUCGCCGUCACCCCCUCCGACCAUCCAUGGCCACCUGCACCCAAGCACAGCUGGCGCCACCCUCGCCCUCGGCCUCGGCGAUGGUCACUGGCCCAGGGACGGAGACGGGCCCGUGGCCGCCGGCGCCGGACGUGGAGCCAGAGGAGAAGGAGAAGCCGCCGGCCUCCCUUGCGCCCGUCGCCAAGCCAGGUCCAGGUCCAACCUCCGACCCCCAACCCAAACCCUCACUUUCGGUGCCUCGAACUCGAAUGCGCGCGCGUCUGUCGAUCUCUGCUACGACGGUCGGUUCUGGUGCAGGGAAGAGGAGAUACGCCAAGGUGCUGAUGACGGAGGAGGAGGAGGAGAAGCUGCUGGACGUGAGGGCUCGGCACCGAUCGGCGAGGAAGGAGGUGUCGGCGCGGGCCGAGAGGCGCAAGGAGUUGCUGAAGCGCCGCGACGAGAUUCUGUUCCGGCGAAGGUGCCUGGCCGCGCGCUUGACCAACGGGAUCGUCGUGCUCCGCGCCGACGCCGACCACGUCAGGCACCAGCGCCUUGCGGGCUGGCGGUUUGGGAAGCCCAUGCCGGAGGAGAUCGUCGGCGCCCGGAACCGCAUCACCGGCGCCCUUGUGCUGUUCGCUGACACCUGCAAGGCCCUGGAUGCCGGCCUUGACGCCUUCAUGAUGGAUUUCCAGCGGAGGAAGAGAGACUGUCCGGACCAGGAUUGGCAGCAGCAGCACAAGGGACCAAGGCCAAGCCUCUUGAACGGCCAGCCAAAUCAAGCUGGAGUUUCUUAAGUUUGCUUGUUCGACGUAAUCUAAUCUGUUGCUUAGAAAUUAAUGAGACUAUAUGUAUAUAUGGCCCUGUAAGGUAAACUGCUAGUAUGCGAUUAUGUAUGUGCAGCGAUGAUCCAUUCAUCAUGGAUGGAUUAGUACCCCUUUUUAGCCCAUUUGUUAACCAUUUUUGAAAUGAAGAAACAAUUAAUAUAUUGCUCUGAAA